UUCAGCUUUUGUUCUUGAGAACAGUUGUGUAACACAGAAGGUUCCUUAAUGAGGCACGCUCAUCAUUAUUAGUGGUCCCUCCGGGUUAGCAAACAGGCAACUGAAUCUAUUCGAGUAUAAUUGUGAUUUGUCCGGUGGCCUGAACUUGUAGCUGUAUUCCUGUAUCUAUCAAGACCACCAUAUUGGAUCUAUUAAAGCGAAGCAUUAGAAAUUCAUCAUAUGUGACUAAGGCUAAUGCUUAUAGCUACAAACGGUCGUGUGAUAUUUCCCAAAAUGACUUCAAGGACCAAUAAGGGUUUGACCAAGGGCCAAAAAACCCUGGAUUAUUUUUUUAGUUCGAGAGCUGCGUCUGAAGACAGCAACACCACUCGGGCUUCUGCAAAUUUGGGCUUGAAUGCUGUAAACGUGGCAACAAAAGCCAUAAAGAGAAAUCGUCAGGAGGACAGUCCCGAAAAGCAGGCGGAGGCCAGUUGGGCAAACACACGAAAACGAAAUAAUAAAUUCAUUGGAUUGCAGCGGGACAAUCCCAUCAACCUUAAUGACACUUUACAGAUACCUUCAAAUAUAGGGUCAACGGCUAUACCCAAAUCUAUCUUCAUUUCUUCUACGAGCUCUAGUGAGAUUGACAGCCACGCGACCGCAGCGCCAGAAAGACCGGCACCAAGAAUCCACGAUGGCCCUAAAUCGCCCAUAAAGGUUGUCCAUAAACUUCCCCGAUUGAACAUCGUCGACGAUCCUGCCCCAAAACCACUUCAGCCGCGAUAUAUUGAAGUGCCAAAACACAAGGCUCGUGUCAUGCAAAAACUUGAGGCAGCGGUAACUAAACAAUUUGUAUCAAAAAGUCCACCUCCUAAAUUCGUUGCAACGAGUGUAAAGAUGAUGUACGGUAAAGUCAACAAGGACAACACUUAUGCGAACAAGAGCAAAAACAGCAUUCGCAAUGAAGAUCGAUGCAAACAAACAUGUGACACUAAUGGAAACAUUGACAAUGUUCAUCUGAAUGGAAAUGACAGUGACCCUCUCACGGCUGACCGCAAAAGUCCGGACAAACAUCGCACUUCAUCAGAGCUUAAGGAUGAACAGGAUGAAAACACAGACCUACAACCGAUCGUCGAACAUAAAUCGCCUAUUGCAUCACAGUCAGUCGUAGUUUCGCCCGGAAAAGUAGUACAAGCUGCUGACGAUCUAGUUAGUAAGAGUCCGUUACGUCUUCAAAACGGCACUACUACAGUUCUUUUUAGUAGCGAACGGAUUACAAAUCACGGCAUAAUGGAUGUAAAGACGGACGAUGCCGAGGAUUCAUACGACUCGGACGAUCUUUUCGAUAAUGUAACAUCGCCUGUAAAAAAUGCAGUCAAGAUGACCAUCAAGGAGAACGUACCGGACGUGCAACAUGUCAAACCACGUCGGGGCGUGUUAACGUUAACAGUUGAGCGCUUUGUAGAAAACUUUGAGAGUAAACCUAGCGCUAACCUUUUGGUAGGCCGAAUCCUGACUCUGGACACAGAAAAGGGGCAGAAAGAUCAAGAUACCAUCUUCGACGCCAACGGACUAAUGAACAAGGAAAACGCCGCUGGCAUUUAUACAGAUGAUAUCGUGUAUGUUAUUCUAGGGGGAAGUUGGGCCUCUGAACGGUUUGAGCCCGGCAUUGAGGUAUCAGUAUUUGCAUGGUUUCGCGGUUCAGUAUGCCGCAUAGACGCAACGUCCGGUGGCCUAGUAGUCUGUCAGCCGGAUGUCCUUCUCUCUGUUACAACUGUUACUUCCGGCCUUUUUUGUCCUCGCAAGGCCCUUCUUCAACAAAAGUUCAGGAAGUUGGACGGUCUGAACGCCAAUAUGUUAGUAGGGACGGUGGCCCACCAAGUAUUUCAAAGGGCGGUGAGCGAAAAACUACAACGUUCAGAGAUUGUCGCAGUGACGGAGGAGAUUUUAUCACGUUCAUCAAUUCUUCAUGACAUUUACCUCCUCGGAACGGCGCCUCACGAGAUCAAAGCACACGUACUCCAGAUGGUUCCUCAUAUUCUGAGUUUCAUUCGCGGGAACUGUCCAGGAGGUCGCAAGGAUUUUCGGGUUCGUGAGGUUGUGGAUAUUGAAGAAAACCUUUGGUGUCCCCGUCUUGGGUUAAAAGGCAAAGUGGAUAUGACUGUGGAGCUAGAAAUGGCUGCGAACGGAAAUAUUGCUAGACAGGCACCUCUGGAGUUAAAAACAGGCAAGCCGUCCUUCUCUCGGGAGCACAGUGCGCAGGUGCUGCUAUAUACACUCAUGAUGAAUGAGAAAAUGGGAGCUGAGCAUAGGUCGUUACUUCCGGAUAACCCAAAGGCAGUGGGAGCAGCUCCUAGAGACAGCCAGACAGCAGGAAGCUGUGGAGUAGGAGUUCUCACCUACAUUCAGCGUGGAGCUGACAGCGUACUAGUAAAAGCGGACAAAGGAUCGCUGCAAGAAUUAAUACAGCAUCGAAACCGUUUGGCAAAAGCCUGGUGGGCCCUGCAGAAUCCUGAGUUGGAUAUCGACACAAUACGGAUGAGACCAAAUGCGGUAGGGCCAUUCAAAGAGGAAGAACGAUUUUGUGACAACUGCAGCGCUAAUGUAGCGUGUUCGCUCUUUGCCCACAUGAAUAAGGACCUUCCCGAGGGCUCUGUGAGGGCUAAAGUUGCAACUAAAGUCCUUGGGAACCUCAAUGAACAGGAGUUAUCAUAUGCGUGGCAUUGGUUAAUGUUGUUGGACAUCGAGUGCGCCGAGCACGCUCGACAAAAUCCACAGGCGUUUUGGAAAUAUUCGGUAGAGCGCAGAGUUAACAAUGGAACAUGUGUAGCAUCGCUUCGACUGGCCAAUGUUUCAGCGAAGAAGUUCCAGCAGGACAACAGCCAGGUUGAAAUCGACAUAAAUUCGACGAGUAAUUUCGUAUGCCUGGAAGGUCCUCCUGGCAGUGCUAUAAAUCUCGCACCGGGCUCGUAUAUCGCUCUCAGCGAGCAAGAUGUCACCUUCCGAAGGGUCGCAAAUAGGCUUGGUUCCGUCCACGCCGUUGAUGGGAAUGCCAUAUAUCUCGACCUUGACAUUGAUCCAUCAGGAAGCAAAACGCUGUUGGAUCCCAAUAAGAAAUACGUCGUUGACGUGGUAAAUUCUUCGAGUUCAUUUGGGACGGCUUAUGCGAAUCUGAUCAGACUCCUACAGCCCGAGCAAUCGCGUCUACGAAAGAUGGUCGUUGGAAUUUCUAAACCAUCCUUUGAGUUGGUUUACCCUCGAGCAGACAUUGAACGCUGCAUGGACAUUCUUACUGAACUUAACGAAAGUCAGGUUCGCGCUGUGAUUAGGCUGCUGAUGGCUCAAGACUAUCUUCUGCUGCAAGGCAUGCCAGGAACUGGUAAGACAACCAUUAUCGUAGCAGCUAUACGUGUUCUGGUGACGUUAGGACAACGCGUUUUAGUAACAAGCAAUACGCAUAAUGCUCUGGACAAUAUAUUAGAAAAGUUAGUACAUUGUAACGUUGAUUUCGUACGAAUGGGCAAGACGUCACAUCCGAUCGUGCGGCAGAAAACGAAUGAGGCCCAGUUGGCUAAGGCCACUUGCACUGCACAGGUGAAAGAAUUUUACGGGCGGCAACGUGUAUUCGGCUCUACAUGUCUGGGAAUCGCCCAUUCGGUCUUUGAAAAAGAAAGAUUUGACAUGUGUAUCGUUGACGAGGCUUCGCAAGUGUUACAGCCCGUCUGUUUGGGACCGCUGAUGUUGGCUAAGAAGUUCCUUCUAGUGGGCGACCCUAAACAGCUUCCGCCAGUUAUUCAGUCAAAAGAAGCUCGCCGUCUUGGGCUUGAGGAGUGUCUCUUCAAAGGACUUCAACGUGAGGACGGUUCAAACUUGGUCGUUCUAAACCACCAAUAUAGAAUGAACAUCGAGAUUAUGAGACUUUGCAAUAGUUUGGUUUAUCAAGGAGAACUUAGAUGCGGAAACGAUAAGAUUGCUGAGCAGACCCUAUGUUUUGCCGAUAACGUCGAUACCGAUGGGACCGUUGAUAGGAGCGCCCCUAUGAGUCCAUGGGAGCAGCGCUGUGUCUCAGCAGAUUUAUCCGACUCUGUCGUCUUCGUUGACGCCACAGGUGUCUCCGAACAAGAAAGCUCCGGUGGCAGUGGUUUGUCAAACGCUGGGGAAUCGCGCAUUAUACAACGCAUCGUGCAGCUUCUCACGAAUAAAGGUGUUGCUGCAUCAUCAAUUAGUGCUAUAACCCCUUUCAAAAGACAGGUACUUCAGCUGAAGGCCGAUCUUCCAUUGAAAGUGGAAGUAUCCACCGUUGACCGCUAUCAAGGCAAAGAAAAUGAGGUCAUUCUCUUUUCUUGUGUACGAACGCAGCUAACUGCAAAUAUGGAUCAGGAAAUCAUGAACGAUGUUCGGAGGUUGAAUGUCGCUGUAAGCCGUGCUCGUCGCAAGCUCAUCCUGGUCGGUGCUCGCCAAACUGUAGCAAGUUACCCGUCCUGGGAAAAGCUUUUCGCGUCGUUACGACCAGAGAACUUCGUUAGGGUUCAACCCGACAAUUCCUAGCAGCAGUGUAAAUAAAUCCCUGCACCACUGAUAGAACUAUCAUUAUUAUUACUACUACUACUAUUCAACACGACUUGUGCUAAAAUGACGCAACAAGAACGGUCAAUAUCGACGUUAUCUAGCUAGAUGGUCUGCGGUAUCGUUGAACAAGAAACGAAUGUCAUCUGUUCCAUCAGCAAUAUUGCAAACACUGGAAAUAUGCAUCAACAAUAUAUUAGCUUCAGGUAGUAUUGUCACUAAAAUACGUGGAUUACGUAUCCAAAUGGAAAGUAUUUAACUAGAAAAUACCGCAUUUUCUGUCUGAAUGCGUUCUAACUCUUUUCACAUGUCGAACCGAAAUUAGGAUUCGUGUGACAGGGCAUAAAGCAUCCUCGAAAUAUCGUUCCGCUAAUAGAAUGCUCUAGAUCACUUCGGGCGAUAGCCAGAAGUGUUGAUGUGGCGUUUAACAGCCGAAGAAUUACUACGUUUUAUCAUAUCCGAAUAAAUGCGAAUAAAUAUUUCCGUA